AAGGCGAAGGCGAAGACGAAUGAGAGGAUGAAUGGGAACCAAAGGAAUUCGAUCUCGAAACUCCCUCCCGAGAUAAUGGAAAAUGAUAAAGGCAAAUUACGAGGCAAACAGGGGAAGCCAUCCACCAACCGUCCCACGUCGCUGCGCCGUUGCGUCUCAUCAAGAGUGAGGCCAUUCCAAGAGCUAUGCAGUCUAAUCUGCAGCCAUGUGGCCCAGCGUCUCCUCCCCCUGGCUACGACAGUCAAUCAAUUCAUGGUGGAUCAGGAAGGAAUGAAGGAAUUCGAAAACAUGAAACGGAAACUCGUGGGGACGGACGGUCGGACAUGGGAGGAGAAAGGAAUGGGGCACCGUUUUGUUUUGUCGCGUGCCCGUGUGUACGUGCGUGCUCUCCAGUCCCCACAAAAAAAAAGGCCCAAGGAUGGAGUUGGAGUUUUGACUACGACGAGGCUGGCCUCAUGCCAGUCAGUCAUCAUGGCCUUUGCCUCCAUCUAUCCAUCCGUCCGACCGAAGACAUACCAAGGCGUGCAUGAAGCAGUAGAUGACGCGAUUCAACGCACAAUUGGUUUGGCCGAUCAAAGAGAAUCAUGGAAUGUCACCUAA